UUCAAUGUGUACAGAAAUUGAACGACGUGCAAUGCCGAAGAGCUGUUCAGUUGAGUGCCGAUUCCGUAACUAGAAGGUAUCGCACUACAUUAAGAAUUCGGUCCAGCUCGGUAUUACAUUAUAUACAAAAGAAAAAAAAAAUUUUUUGCUGUGAAGUGAAGGAAAAGGAAAAAUUUUAAGAAAUAGUGUCUUGAGUUUCCCAUUUUCAAUAUUAAUAUCCUACAAGACAAACAAAAUCAAACAAUUUGUAUUUUGCAUAAAAGUUGCACAUUAAUGCAAUUUAGUUCCUAAAAUUGUGUUUGGUUUCAACAAGAAAAAAGAAAAUUAAAUUUUUAAAAAUAAAUUCGAUUGUGAGAUAGAGAGAGAGUGUUUGUGUUCAAAAUAAAAUAGUCGAUAUUAUGACAUAGUGGCGAGAAAACGGAUUUGUUUUUCUUGCGUGGCAAGGAGAUAACCCAAAAGGACACUUCGUUCAGUGUGUUAAGCGAGGAAAGAAAGCAAAAGCAAAAAUAAAAUAAAAAACGAACAAACCGGAAAAACGGAAACUUGGUGUUCGCACACAAAACCAUAUUUCACGGAAUAUUUCAAUUUUUAAAUUCAAAUAAUAGUUUAACGAAAAUCCCGGCGCAAAAUGGCGAAGGCUGCGAAAAAGGAAAAUUUAGAUGAUCUAAAACAAGAAUUAGACAUCGAUUAUCAUAAAAUUACAGCCGAGGAAUUAUAUCAGAGAUUUCAGACACAUCCAGAAAAUGGUCUCAGUCAUGCAAAGGCCAAAGAAAAUUUAGAAAGAGACGGGCCCAAUGCCCUAACCCCUCCAAAGCAAACACCCGAAUGGAUUAAAUUUUGUAAGAAUCUGUUUGGUGGCUUUGCGAUGUUGUUGUGGAUCGGUGCUGUUCUAUGUUUUGUUGCGUAUUCCAUUCAAGCAAGUACUAGCGAAGAACCGGCCGACGAUAACUUGUAUUUGGGUAUUGUACUUUCAGCUGUAGUUAUAGUUACUGGUAUUUUCUCAUAUUAUCAGGAAUCAAAAAGCUCCAAAAUUAUGGAGUCCUUUAAAAACAUGGUGCCGCAAUUUGCUACUGUUAUUCGAGAAGGCGAAAAACUUACGCUUCGUGCUGAAGAUUUAGUUCUUGGCGAUGUUGUUGAGGUCAAAUUUGGUGACAGAAUACCAGCUGACAUUCGUAUAAUUGAAGCAAGAAAUUUCAAGGUCGAUAACUCAUCUCUAACCGGUGAAUCAGAACCGCAAUCCCGAGGACAUGAAUUCACUCAUGACAAUCCAUUGGAAACGAAAAAUCUUGCAUUUUUCUCUACCAACGCUGUUGAAGGUACUGCUAAGGGUGUUGUUAUCUCUUGCGGUGAUCACACUGUCAUGGGACGUAUUGCCGGUCUUGCAUCUGGUCUGGAUACUGGAGAAACACCAAUUGCUAAGGAAAUCCAUCAUUUCAUUCAUCUGAUUACCGGUGUCGCUGUAUUCUUGGGCGUGACAUUCUUCGUGAUUGCCUUCAUCUUGGGAUACCAUUGGUUGGACGCCGUAAUUUUCUUGAUUGGUAUUAUUGUCGCUAAUGUACCUGAAGGUCUUUUGGCCACUGUAACUGUGUGCUUGACAUUAACUGCUAAGCGUAUGGCAUCGAAGAAUUGUUUGGUCAAGAAUUUGGAAGCUGUAGAAACAUUAGGAUCUACAUCAACAAUUUGCUCGGAUAAGACUGGAACAUUGACCCAGAACCGAAUGACCGUUGCUCAUAUGUGGUUUGAUAAUCAAAUCAUUGAAGCCGAUACCACUGAAGAUCAAUCUGGUGUUCAAUAUGACCGUACAAGUCCUGGAUUCAAGGCAUUGUCUCGCAUCGCUACUUUGUGUAACCGAGCCGAAUUCAAAGGUGGUCAGGAAGGUGUACCAAUUUUAAAGAAAGAAGUUAGUGGUGAUGCUUCAGAAGCUGCUCUGCUCAAAUGUAUGGAACUUGCUCUCGGCGAUGUAAUGAGCAUCCGUAAACGCAACAAGAAAGUGGCUGAAAUUCCAUUCAACUCAACCAACAAAUAUCAAAUUUCGAUCCAUGAAACCGAUGAUGCUAGCGAUCCUCGUUAUCUGUUGGCAAUGAAAGGUGCACCCGAACGAAUCUUAGAACGUUGCGGAUCGAUCUUCAUCAAUGGCAAAGAGAAAGUUUUAGACGAAGAAAUGAAGGAAGCAUUCAACAAUGCAUAUCUCGAAUUGGGCGGUCUCGGUGAGCGUGUACUUGGUUUCUGCGACUUCAUGUUGCCAUCCGACAAAUUUCCAAAUGGCUUUAAAUUCAACACAGAUGACCCCAAUUUCCCAACUGACAAUCUCCGUUUCGUGGGCUUAAUGUCUAUGAUUGAUCCUCCACGUGCAGCUGUACCCGAUGCAGUAGCCAAAUGCCGUUCAGCUGGUAUUAAGGUCAUCAUGGUUACCGGCGAUCAUCCAAUCACUGCUAAAGCUAUCGCUAAAUCGGUCGGUAUCAUCUCCGAAGGCAACGAAACCGUUGAAGACAUUGCACAAAGAUUGAAUAUUCCCGUGUCCGAAGUUAAUCCACGUGAGGCCAAGGCUGCCGUUGUACAUGGCGCUGAAUUACGUGACGUAUCCACCGACCAAUUGGACGAAAUUUUGCGCUAUCACACCGAAAUCGUAUUCGCUCGUACAUCACCGCAACAGAAGUUGAUCAUUGUUGAGGGUUGCCAACGUAUGGGUGCUAUUGUAGCUGUAACUGGUGAUGGUGUCAAUGAUUCACCUGCUUUGAAGAAGGCUGACAUUGGUGUUGCUAUGGGUAUUGCUGGCUCAGAUGUAUCCAAACAGGCUGCUGACAUGAUUUUACUCGACGAUAAUUUCGCUUCUAUUGUUACUGGUGUCGAGGAAGGUCGCUUGAUUUUCGACAAUCUUAAGAAAUCCAUUGCAUACACACUGACAUCGAACAUUCCCGAAAUCUCACCAUUCUUGGCAUUUAUCUUGUGCGAUAUUCCAUUGCCAUUGGGAACCGUAACAAUUUUGUGUAUCGAUUUGGGAACGGACAUGGUACCAGCUAUUUCAUUGGCUUAUGAAACUGCCGAAUCUGACAUUAUGAAACGACCACCCCGAAAUCCAUUCCAAGAUAAAUUAGUAAAUUCCAGACUGAUUUCAAUGGCUUAUGGACAAAUUGGUAUGAUUCAAGCAGCUGCUGGUUUCUUCGUCUACUUCGUUAUUAUGGCAGAAAAUGGAUUUUUACCUACGAAAUUGUUUGGUAUUCGUGAAACAUGGGAUUCGAAAGCUGUUAACGAUUUAACUGAUUCGUAUGGACAAGAAUGGACAUACCGUGAUCGUAAAACACUGGAAUACACUUGCCAUACCGCAUUCUUCGUUUCCAUUGUCGUUGUACAAUGGGCUGAUUUGAUUGUAUGUAAAACCCGUCGUAAUUCGAUUGUCCACCAAGGCAUGCGAAAUUGGGCAUUGAACUUUGGCUUAGUAUUUGAAACUGCUCUGGCAGCAUUCUUGUCAUAUUGCCCGGGAAUGGAUAAGGGUCUACGAAUGUACCCACUAAAAUUCGUUUGGUGGUUGCCCGCUCUUCCAUUCAUGUUGUCUAUCUUUAUCUAUGAUGAAGUUCGUAGAUUCUACUUACGUCGCAAUCCAGGAGGCUGGUUGGAACAAGAAACAUAUUAUUAAACGAUUCAAUGUUUGCGUUUUUUUUAUUGUAUUACUAUAACAACCCCUAAAGUGUGGUCCCCGUCCUCAUUUCCAAGAAAUAUUUAUUAUAGUUAAAUAACAAUCCUCGUUUAAUUUUUGUUUUUUGUUUUUUUUUUAAAGAAAUUUUUUUUUAAAUUCCUUCAGAAAGAUUUUUUUGGUUUAAAAAACAGAAGAAUUAAAAGAAGUAAAUAAAACAAAGAAGAAAAAAAAUAUAAAAUUUGAAUUAUGAUAGAUACAACAAAUUACACAAUAUAUUUGUCAAAAUUUAAAUUUAAAAUAAAAAAGAAAAUGAAAAUUUUUAAACGUUCUUGCAGUGUAAAUCAAAAAAGAUAUAAAUUACAAAAUAACAAAAAAAAAAUUAUGAAAGUAAUUUCAUCCCUUACCUGUAUGUCUAUAUGUCAUGGUUGUUAAGUGAAGAAAAAAAAAUGUUGUUGAAAUAAAAAAGAAAAAAUCUCUAAUUUUAUUCGAAAAAAAAAUCCCAGAAUUUUGAACUCCAAUAAAAAAACGUAAACUCUCAAUUCCCAUAUUUAAAACAACAAAAAAAAAACCGGACGGCCAAUUUAAUUUAAUUUUCAAAAUAUUAUGCAAAGUCUCGCACGUGAUUAGUCGUUAAUUCUAACAGAUUAUGCAACCCAUAACUACGAAAUCAAUCAACCGACUAGAAAAAAACCUCUUUUGCAUAAAAAUAAUUUGAAUUUAUUGAUUCAUUCAACUGAUUCAUCGGAGGUUACGAACUAACUAACCCAAUCACUGGUUUAUUCCAUCUAUUCGGGAUUGAUUGAUAUUUCACACGAGAUUUUAUAAAAUUAUGAAAAUUAUAUUAUUGGCAAUCCUAAUUUGUUUCCAAGUCAGAUAAUUUUUUUUAUUCAUUUUUCAUUUAAAUAAAUUUAAACAAAAAAGAAAUCAAUAAGAAAAUACGAUUCGUUUGCAUAAUUAUAUAAUACUUAUGUUAAUUUUCAUUAAUUAAUAAUUUUUGUAGAAAAAUUAUUUUAACUUUAGUAUAUUUAUUAAAUAUUCAUACAAAAUUGAAGUAAAAAAAAUGAUGAAAAGUAUAAUUAAAAAAACAAAUGAAAUGCAAGAAUAUUAUAGAUAACAAAAAAAUAUGAAAGCAACGCGUCUCACAAUACUGCCUGACUGUUGUUUUGUUAAAAAUGAAUAAAAGAAAAUAAGCAAAAAAAAAUUAUUGUGUCUGUAAAAAAACAUUAAAUUUAAAACAAAUGCGAUUGCCUCUUUAAAGAUUAAGUUAAUUUAAAAAAAAAUGGAAAUAAGUAAAAAAGAUGAUAAAUAAAACAAUAAAAUUAUGAAACAAAAAUUUAAAAAUGAAUUUUAAAAACAAAGGAUAUUUCAUUUAUAUAGAAAAGAAAAUGUUUGGUUGCUCUCUUCCGUUUUUUUUUAUUUUUCCGUUUUCGGCAUAACUUCUUUUUUCCAUUUCGUUUUGUUUCUUUAUUAUUUUUUUUUCAUAAAAUUUAAAUUUGUGAAAAUUGGGAACUAUUCACAACAGAGAAAAUUUUUAUGUUAUGGAUUUUAAAAUUUAAGAAAAAUAAAAAUUUAGAAAAAAAACAAAUUCUACACACAAAAUGGAAGUGAGGAUCACUGACAUAUUAUAAACACACUCAAAAAAAGGAAAAGAAUAAAUAAAAAAAAUCUUUGAAUUAUAAAUAUUUGAAAAUAAGAAAUUUAUAAAAUUUGAAUUUUAAUUAAUUAAAUUGAAUUUGUGAUUUUUAUCUUCAGUUUUUCAGUUGUUUUUUUCUUUCUUUUGUUUUCGCAGAUUAAAAAAAAGAAAAAAAAAUUAAAGCAAAAAAGAUUGUGAAAAUUUACUACACGACCAAAACAAACAAACAAAGAAAAACUAAAAAAAAUAUUUUUAACUACCAAUUUUUAUGACAUACAAUUAGACCUUCUUGAUUGGUAAGUAGUGCUUCUUGAAUCGAUUUCAAGCAUCUCUCAAAAGGUAAAACAUUAAAACCGAAACCAAAAUUCAAACUCUAUUUCCCCCUCCCCUUAUAAAAACAAAAAUAAUGGAAAACCCCUCGGGACAAACAAUCUCAUUCGUCGAACACAUCUUCAUAAUGUAAAAAUGUUCUCUUUUACGUUCUUCGGAUCGUUUUGUGGAUCGUUUUGUUGGAUUUAGAAAAGAAAAUGAAAACCGUAACCAUUCACUUGGUAAACUAAAAGAAAUUUGUAUGCGAUUUUAUUUUUUGUUUUUUUUAUUUUAUUGAAAAUUAAAUUGUGGUGAAGGCUUAUAAAAUAAAUGGUAAAAUAUCUAUUCACAAACUAACCAAAAAAAAAACUACUACGUAAAGUGCAUUGAAAUUCGUUGUUAAACAUUUGUUUCUUUAUUCCUUUUUAUUAUUAAAUUCGUUAAAAAACCAAUAAUAAUAAUCAAGACAAAACAAACAUACAAAAAAAAUGUUUCUUUCCAAAUCUCAUGAAAAAUGUAUAUGGCUCUUAUAGAGCUGCCAAAAAUAAAAAUAAAAGUUUCUUGAUGAUUUAACACCAACCAUAACAUCAAAUAUAAAAAAUAAGUUUCCCUCUUCUAAUAAGUUCUGUUAUUUUCAAAGAAAAAGAAAAUUUUAAUUAUGGUUUCUGAUGCCAUUUUCUUAAUUAUCCCGGCUCCUCAACCCCACUCCAACAUCUGCUUUGCUUGUAAGUGUCUGCUUCAAGUUGUCAUUUUAAGAUGUUGCUAGAACACACAAUUCUAAACGUUUGCUAAAAUAGGGAACGAAAGAAAAAGAAAAUAAAAUUUAUAUAAGGGAAAAAUAGGGACAAAACAGAUUGAUUAAAAAAUAAAUAAAAUGUUACACACUCGUUCAAAUCAAUGACAAAUAAAAGAAAGAAAAAACCAUGUGAGAUAAAAGGAAACCCUUCGAAUAUUAAAAGAUUUUUUUUAAAAAUCGAUAUCGAUUUUGUACGCAUCUUUACACGUCAUCACAACUCAAUUCUUACAAAAGGUACGUCGCUCCAACACCAACAACCGCCACCACGAACCCCCCUUCAAAGAAUAAUAGGACAAAGAAAACAAAAUGACAAACAGUUUUUUAUUUAUUUUUGAUUGACUACCCACAAGAAAACUAUGGAAGAAACUAUUUACUGAAUUACCAAAAAAAACCAAAAAUUUUAUGAUGUGAAAACAAAAAGAAAAGUAAUCGCAAAAUUCGACCGUUUAAAUCUAAAUGAAAUAUAAGAAAAACUGCCUCUUUAUUUUCUUCAAAACAAAACGUUACACACAAAACACAGUAUUACAAAAAAAACUAAUAAAAAUCCAAUUUGAAAAAGGAAAUACAAAAAUUUUAUUUAAUUAAAAUUCUCGUUAAAAAUAUCUUUCAAUAAAAAACAAAGAAAAAAUUUGAAUAAAAAAAUAUAUAAAUUAAACAAAAAAAAUACAACUUACAAAUUAAAAUAUAUAUUUUUGUUUCAAAUAAAAAUAAAAAAGUAAAAUCAACAAUUUUUAUUAAAAAAAAUGAAGAAAACAAUUUUAGUAGCCGAUUUAAUUAUUAAGAAGAUGAAAAAAACAUAAAAAAUAGUGAUGAUGUUGAUAAGAAAAAGGCUUUAAAACAGCCAUUUGAAAAUAUAAUAGCAAAGUAAAUAAAAGAAAAAAAAAUAAAAAUAAAAAAUUAAAUAUAAUGAAAAAAUGAAGAAAAAAAUAGGCCUAGGACCUAAGCUAAUGUAUUUGCAAGAUAAAAAUAAAUAAAUUUCAAAAAAAAAAAAACAAAAAAAAUUUAAUUAACUAAUUAAAAAAAUGAAAGAAAAAAAAAACUAAAAAAAUAUUAAAACCUUGGCCAUGAUUUGGACAUCAAAUAUUCUUUUUUUUGUUUCAACAAAUUUCUUCAAUUUCUAAACUGUUCGACAGCACGAUAAUCAAUAUCGUUUUGUUUUUUAAAGAGAAAAGAGAGAGAAAAAUAAAAGCGAAAACAAAAAAAAUAAACAUUUUAUUUUGUUUUUGUUUUCUCUCUCAUAUCGAAAAUGGUCAUAAAUGGCAACCCAAAAAAAAAGAAUUUCAAUUUUGUGGUAUAUACUUUCAAUCAUAACAUUUAUGUUUCAGCAAUUUUCGUCUGCGACUACCGCAAAGUUGUUUUUCACAGAAUGGGAACGAGGUGAUUGCAAUUGAUUAUUUCUUUUUUUGUUUUUGUUCUUCGUAAUGAAACGAUUUUUAGUUUUCAUUUUAUAUCGAAUUGUUUUAAUUUUCGAUAUAUUUCGAUAUAAAAAUAUUCUCGUUCUCUGUGAAGAACAACUAUGCGCACUUGGAAAUCGCAU